ACGAACUCCUAAUCCACUCGCUCCUCCCCCUACUUCGGACAACUUGACCGGCCUUCGCUCUUUCACUUGCAAACCGAUCGUCCGAAUCAGCAAGACCGGCUCCUCCAGCACCGCCCAGUUCCGGGUCAAAUACUGUGUCGGCAUGGCCGAUCUCCGGCCCACCAAGAUUGGCAAGAAAUGGAUGGAGUAUCAGGGAAGCAACGACUGGGAGGGCCUCCUCGACCCGCUCGACGACAUCCUCCGCCGUGAGAUCCUCCGAUAUGGUGAGUUUGUCGAGGCUGCCUACCGUUCCUUCGACUUCGACCCCUCCUCCCCGACCUACGGCACCUGCAAGUACCCUCGGAACUCACUCCUGGCCCACUCGGGCAUCCCCGAGUCUGGGUACCGGCUCACAAGGAACCUGCGCGCCACGUGCGGCGUCCAGCUGCCGCGCUGGGCCGGGAUGGCUCCUGGCUGGAUGUCCACCCGGUCCAGCUGGAUCGGCUACGUGGCCGUCUGUCAGGACCCAAGGGAGAUCCAGCGCCUCGGGAGGCGUGAUGUGGUGAUCGCCCUCCGCGGCACAGGCACGUGCCUCGAGUGGAUUGAGAACCUGCGUGCCACCUUGACAUGCCUCCAUGACCAUCACGACGGGACCGAAGACGACACGCCGAUGGUGGAGAGCGGGUUCCUGAGGCUAUACACUUCGAGGACCGCCAAUUUCCCGAGCCUACGGGAGAUGAUAAGGGAGGAGAUCGCGCGGGUCGUCCAGACCUACGGCGACGAGCCGCUCAGCCUGACCAUCACGGGGCACAGCCUUGGCGCAGCUCUCGCAACGCUGGCUGCCUACGACAUCAGCUCCACUCUGGAGGGGGUGCCGAUGGUGACUGUCAUGUCCUUCGGCGGGCCACGCGUGGGGAACCGGAGCUUCCGGCGCCACCUGGAGAAAAGUGGUACCAAGAUCCUACGCAUAGUCAACUCUGACGAUCUAGUCACCAGGCUACCGGGCUUCGUCGUCGAGGACGGCAACACGUCAGCAGACGAGAAGUCGAUCCACGUGGCGGGUAUGCCACGGUGGUUUCAGAAGAGCGUGCAGGACGCGCGCUGGGUGUACGCUGACGUGGGACAGGAGCUGAGACUCAGCAGCAGAGAAUCUCCCUACCUCCGAGAAGGGAACAUGGCCACGUGUCACGAGCUCAAGACUUAUCUCCACCUCGUGAACGGCUUCGUCAGCUCCACUUGUCCUUUCAAGUCAACGGCUAAAAAGAUGCUAAGCAUGCAGUGCCGAUAAUCAAGUUAAUGCGAUAGAACCAGCACUGGACAUUAGUGUAAAUAGGGGAACCUGAAGGGUCUCCCUUCCUUAACAAUCACCGAUGCUCAUCGACAGUGAAAGAAGAAACUAAAGGAAAGAUAUCCCUUCACUA